CAUCACUGAUGGCCACGGAAAGGCAGCACUCAUAUAUGGCACUGAUAGGCAGCACUGACUGGCACUGUUAGGUGGCACUGACAGGUGGCACUGAUUAACAGCACUGAUAGGUGGCAAUGAAAGGCAGCUCAGAUGGGCACUGAUAUGUGGCAUUGAUGUGGCACUGGUAGGUGGCAUGGAUGAGCACUGACAGCUGGCACUGCUGGGGCUACACAGAUCAUCAGGGCACACUGAUCAUCAGUGCUCUGAUGAUCUCUGUCAGCGUGACAGCUCGUGAGGAGAGAAAUGCCGAUAACCGGCAUUUCCCUGUUUACAUGUGAUCAGCUGUGAUUGGA